CUUCCAGCUGGGCUCCAUGAGCGCAAGCUCCGGCGCGAGCACGAUGAAGACGAUGGCCUCCGCAAUCACCGUUGUAGCGGGGCCAGCACCACCAGGCGCACAACAAGCCGUUGCCUCGUCAAGCAGCUCGACUGUGAGCGUAAACUCCGCAACCCUGACCACCGCUGGUCUCCUCGUAGGGUCCGCAGCAGCACCAGCCGGGCCCGGCGUGACUAUGAUCGCGUCCGGUAACACAGCGAUUUCUGCAUCCGCGUCAGCAGCUACAAGCGCAGCGUCCUCGGCGUCAAGCCCUGCGGGUAACCAGGCCGCUGCCCCAGCACUACCUGUUGAGUCGAGUGCGCCGAGCAGCCCGACGAGCGUACCGGCGCAGAGUGCCGUCGCGGGUACUACGACGAGCGCCGCGCUGCCGGACAGCACGGCGAGCUUGCAGCAGAAUCAGGCGCUGCCGUUCGAUAUCUCGACGGUUGCGCUGCAGAGUCGGGUUACAGUGAAUUUGGGGAAGAGGUUGGCGAAGCCGACGGAGGCGGCGAGGAGGUGGCUGUGGUGAGAUGUUUGUUUGUAACACCCUUGGAUCCUUUCGUUUCUGUGUUUAUAAGU